CUGAUUUAAAAACGGUCCCUGACAAGCCCCAAUAUACACUUAUAUGUAUGCUGCAAUAGAGCAGGGGAAUAAUGCAUUUUAGUCGAGACAGAGACGUUCCUCAACAAAAAAAAAAUGCAAAUGAAAGGCUAUCACCCUGGUAACGACAAGAGCGUUGCGCUUGUUGAGGUAAAGUGGGAAUCCCGACUACGCUUGCCUGCUAUAACAGCACACUGCGCUUGCUGAAAGCAUUGCAAAAUACUCGAAUGUUUUAACAACCUAACCGGUCUUCUGAAAAUAGACAUACAUGCAAGACGUUUUGCUGGUUUGGACAUGUUUGUCAUGGCUGUAGCCAGAACUUCAAGUCUUGAUGUUCUAACAGUGAGGGAGUGUCCCCCGAGCUGCAGGACUGCCAUGCACAGACUGUCUGCCAAAGUAUCUCCCUCCCCUGAACCUGGUCCUAUUACUCUACAGCUACCCACAGCCCGAGGUGACAAUGGCCGGUCGAAGACUGACCAGCAGUCAGACACUCUGGAUGGAGAGAGUAGUGUUAAGGAUGAGGACGAGGAAAGCGAGGCUGGAACGAGAGACUGCUGCACCAGAUGUCCGCUAAAGGCCAUGAGGAAGGUGAUGUGGGGGUUGGUGCUGGGGGGCUGCGUGGCUCUCUCCUGGGCUGGGGCGACUCACAGUGCCAAACAAACCCUCGCCGGGCUCCAUGCCCCGUACUUCAUCACCUGGUUCUGCAGUGUCUGGAACCUGCUCCUUUUUCCCAUAUACUACCUGGGACAUUUGCUGGGAGCAGAGCAGAAACAGUGGCCCACCACCUGCUUCAGAGAGUGUAGCAGUUUCCUAGGGGACGGCAGAGUGACGGUUAGGCUCCUGCUGAAGGGUGCAGCACCGUUCUCAGUGUUGUGGAGCCUCUCCGGGUACCUGUACCUCCUGGCUCUCCACCGAAUCUCCACGAGCGAUGCCAGUGCCGUCCUCUGCUGCAGUCAGGCCUUCAUCUUCCUCCUCUCCUGGAUUGGGCUGAAGGACCAUUUCAUGGGAGUAAGGAUAGUGGCAGCCAUUUUGUCCAUUACUGGGAUUGUCAUGAUGGCCUAUGCUGACGGUUUCCAUAGUGACUCAAUAACCGGUGUGGCACUUGGAGUGGGCUCUGCCUCCACAUCUGCCUUGUACAAGGUGCUCUUUAGAAAACGUGUGGGAGAAUUUCGGCCAGGUCCAGCCAGUGUGCUCCUGUCGUGUGUGGGGCUGUUCAGCUGUGUCCUGCACUCCUGGGUGUGUGUGCUGCUCUACCUCACACAUGUGGAGUACUGGCCCACAUCUCAGGCCAUGCCCUGGAAAUCGCUCUGCAUCAUGGCCUCACUAUUAUUGGCUUUCAACAUGUUGGUGAACCUAGGGGUUGCACUUACAUACCCCUGCCUCAUCUCCCUCGGGGUCCUUCUGAGUAUCCCAGCAAGCACAGCAGUAGAUAUUUUGGUGACCUCCUCAGUGACCCAGUUAAGCCAAGUGAGAAUAGCUGCAGCAGGUAUCAUUGCCGCCGGUUACGUAAUGUUGUUGCUCCCCGAAAACUGGGACGAAAAUACCCUGCGCUGCCUUGGAAAGCUCUGGCAGGGAGGCUGGAGAGAAGACAGUGUGAUUGUUGAAGAACUCACAGUGGACAGUGUCGGACCCACCCGGACUAAACCCAAACCUGCUGGAGUUGCUGCACUGUUGCAUGAAACUUAAACUUAAACAAAUGAAUCUCCUUGUGGUAUCCGAAAGUGUGUAUAAAAGGAUGUAUAUAUAACUAUUAAACCUUGUUGAAGAACAACAUGCUUCAGCCAAUCAAUGCCCAUUAAUGCACACUUCAGCGGUUCUCCUGAUACUUGAUUCCUAAAUAUUGCUAAUCACUUAAGUUUUUGAGGUGUACUGCAUGUUCUGUCUAUUUUCUGUAGAGUUUUUGUGACCAAUAGAACUACACAUUAAAUAAAUAGUUAUACUUGCA